UUGUGUGACUCGUUUUCCCUCUUGACCCUCACUCCUAGACUCAUAGCCGCUACUCUGCAAGAGGUGGCUCCUCAGUUUGGCUCUAGGUACCAAACUACAUAUGGACAGAGGACAACGAAAUGCCGCAAGAGGGGACGACUGCCACAACUAAGUUGCAUGUCUUGCAACUUGGGCAUCGCACGCAACCCCAACCUCAAUCGUCAUAGCACGGGCAUUUGAUUGAAUCUCAACGCAGUUUCAGGGCCAUGCCCGGCGCGGAUGGAUUGUGUGCAUCAGCCGCGGCAUUCCUCAGGAGUGAGACGCCAAGCCAGCCCUGACCAUUUUGAUUCCAGGCCAGCCAUUCGCGACACGGUGCGAAGAUCGCGGCUUGCUGCUGUGGAAGCGGAGGAGGAUGUUGCAGUGAAGCUGGUUCACAGGCUUACCAGCCAAUCCCCGCCCUUGCGAACACCGCGGGCCUCUGGGGGUGUCAAGAAUCGCCUGCAGGAGGAGCUUCAAACGCCAGAGCCCAUUGCCCGGGUAGAAGUUGGCCACCGCGAGGUGGAGGAACCAAUUGUACAGCUGAAGGAUGUUGAAGCAUUGCUGGCUGACUUCACGGACGAGUUGUGCAGCUUGGAGGCCGGUGUGGCGCUGUACUUCUCCCAGCAGUCGCAAGAAGUGCAGCGCCUCAACGGUGAGUUGCAGGAGUUGCGCUCUGCGUUUGCAUCAGGAAGGCGAAACUUCCCUGAAGACUUGUGGGCAAAGUCUGCUUCGGCUGUGCAGGCCAGCCACUGGGUUGCCGCCGGUGCAGAGGCUACAGCCAAGACCUUCCGACUGCUGGCCGAUGCGCAAAUGCCUGUGGAGGUCCAGAUGCCAUUGCUUUCAGAGCCUCCUUUUCGAAGCGUAGGAGAACCCACGACGUCCACGGCCUCCACGUCCGUCCACCUCCUCCGUGAUGAAGAAUCCUUGAUGAAUACGGUGCAAGCGCGCAUCGCUGAAGUUGCAAGGUCAUUUACCGGUCAAAGUUCCUGGCCCGGACGUUUUCAUGCCACAGUGGAGCUGCGAUUUCUGGAGGAGGUCAAUUUGAUCCAAGAGAGCCUGAGAGAAGUGCGGCGCCAAAGGCAGCGCCGCCACCAGCUGCUCUUGGAGGCAGCUCGAAGCCUCCUUGAAGACCUGGGCUGCGAGCUUGUCACCCCGCAGGACUCUCCAAGCUCCGCAAGCAGCACAGUGACCCUUUUGGCCGCUGUGGCGUCUGGCUGAGUCAAAAGGAUUUGGCCGGAAAAACGGUUGCUGGGGAGCAAAACAGGAGGAUAGGCAGGUGAGAACGGGUGGGUCCGAAAAAAU